UCCGGACGUUGACGAGUCAACACUCACUCGCGUUACGAUACCACCGAUACACACACUUGCGAUCCGUCGUGCGAUGUUUGGACUUUGACAACAAUUCAGUGAUUUUGUGAUAAGUUUUGCGACGAUUGUUAUCAAUCAACAAAGACAAUUUAUUUUGGACACUUGUGAUAUUGUGAAGAAGGUGCAAACGAAGAUGCUGGUCGAGGACAGUCUGGCCGGGCGCGGGCUGAUGUCACAGAAGUACGGGCACUGUCCGCUGAAGAAGCGGCCGGUGCUGGUGCGGCCGGAGCCCGGCACGCCGCCCGCCUCGCCGCCGCCGCCGCACCCCGCGCACACGCACCCCGCCCUCAGAUACAACUACAACUCAUUUACCUAUGACACAGAAAAUGAAGAACCACAAAACUUGAGCACUAAGCCUGAAGACUUAUCUAGAACGGGCAACUACCCCAGCAAGGCGUCGUCGCCUGUAGGCGGCGCGGUGAAGGCGGAGCCGUGCGACUGGGCGCCGCUGGAGCUGCGCGCGCCCCCCCGCCCCGCGCCGUCCCCGCCGCGCCCCGCGCCCGCCUACGCCUACCUGCCGCAGCUGUACGCGCCCUACUGCCCGCCGCUGGACGAGCUGUACCCGGCGGCGCCCGCGCUGUCCCCGCUGUACCGCUACUCGCCCGCGUCGCCGCCCGAGUCGCUGUCGCCGCCGCCCGGCCCCGAGGACCUGCGCUCGCCCGGCUCGGUCUCCUCCGACUCCGGCGCGUCCGCCUCCUCGCGCCGCCCGCGCUACCAGUGCCCCGACUGCGCCAAGUCCUACUCCACGUACUCGGGCCUGUCCAAGCACCAGCAGUACCACUGCGCGGCGGCCGAGGGCAGCCUGGCGCGCAAGUCCUUCAGCUGCAAGUACUGCGCCAAGGUGUACACGUCGCUGGGCGCGCUCAAGAUGCACAUCCGCACGCACACGCUGCCCUGCAAGUGCCACCUGUGCGGCAAGGCGUUCUCGCGGCCGUGGCUGCUGCAGGGCCACAUCCGCACGCACACGGGCGAGAAGCCCUUCUCGUGCCACCACUGCCGGCGCGCCUUCGCCGACCGCUCCAACCUGCGCGCGCACCUGCAGACGCACUCCGACGUCAAGAAGUACUCGUGCUCGGGCUGCGGCAAGACCUUCUCGCGCAUGUCGCUGCUCAGCAAGCACGUGGAGGGCGGCUGCGGCUGCGCGGCGCCCUACGACUACCGCCCCGAGCUGCUCGCGCCCGCGCCCGUGCACGCCUACUGACCGCCGCCGCCGCCGGCCCGCCGCCCACCAAACACUAGAUCUCUUAUUUAGCUCUGCGGCUAACUAACACUCACAACGAUAUAGUAUGUACUUACUAACGCUAGAUAUAAGUUUAAAUUAUUUUGUAUAUUUCCCAAAAAAUGAGUGCGUUACAAUGUUACAAGUAGAAUUAAGAAACUCGUGUGUUUUAUGAUGGACCAUGUACAUUCUGCCUUGUAGAAGCUAAGUUAGGUUAAGUUAGUUAAGUAGAUCAGUCGCGCCGCGGCUUCACUAGUCAUGUGGCAUUUGCCGAGUGUCAUACACUUGUUAAUAAUAUAUUUGUAUUAUAAGCCAUGUACAAAGUGCCUUAAUUAUAAAUGAUUUAAUAUAUUCUCUGAAAAAUAUAACUGUAUGUCGUUAGACAUUAUUAUUGUAAAAGAGUAUGAAAUAUUUGAGAGGCUCUUGUUUUUAUAAGCCAAUGUCGAAUUGCGUUCCUUUCUGUUACCUCCAUAAAAGAAAAAUAAAAGAUUUUUUACCUGA